AUGGCACAUUGGUUCAAAUCAAACUUUCCGUGGAAAGCAUUGGGUGUUUAUUUGUUAACUGUAUUUAUUGCUUGUUUUAGGUGGGGAGAUAUACCACUAGUUCUUGGUACAUUUUUUGGUAUUAUUGCAUUCACUUUGUACUGUUGUAUAACCUUUGGGAUUUACGAUUCUAUAUUCAACGGAAUAAUUAAGGAAAUUCUUAUUCCCGAAUUUAUUGAUAAAAGGCCAUUUAGGGAAACUGAAUAUGUGAAAAAAGAUGAAAUUUUACAAGAGAUCUUACAUAAUGUUAACGACAAAGUGUACCGUAGAAUGGGAUUCCAUUAUGGAUAUACUACUACUAAAACCUUGCUUUCCGCAUAUGAAUUGUAUAUAUCAAAUUUUGAAAAGAAAUAUUUAGAACAUUACAAAGAUAUACCUGUUGAAGAGAUUCAAGGCUGGGAUAAAAUUAUGUUGGUGGCCAAGAACAUUCAGGACGAAGAUCUAAAUUUUGUCUUUGGAAAUGUGAUUUCUUUGGAUUUGAUUAAUAAGUAUAGUACAAAAAAACCAGUGAUUGUACCUGAAGACAAUAGUAAUAGUAAUCAGCUAAAUAAAAAUAGUUGCAAAAAUAAUGAAUAUGAGUUGAGUAACAUGAAAGAUACGGCAAAAGUCUCAGAGAUGGUUUAG